AUGCCUACAAAUGCAUCUUCCAGAAAAUUACUAACACUGGAAACACUGGGCAUAUCUGCUGCAAAUAUUUACCCAGCAUUUGUAUUUGGAACAAUUAUUUAUCUAAUUAUUGUCUUUUGCAACUUGUUGGUAUUAAUAACUAUUGCUAUGAGCAAAACACUACAUAAGCCUAUGUUUAUCCUGCUGUUCAACUUGCCCAUUAGUGACAUGCUGGGUGCUACAGCUUUUUUUCCUCACCUCAUAUUCAGCAUUGUGACACAGAGCAGAUCGAUUUCCCAUCCUGCAUGUAUUACUCAGGCUUUUCUGGUUCAUGUUUACGGUACAGGAAACUUGCUGAUUUUGAGUGCUAUGGCAUAUGACAGAUAUAUUGCUAUAUGUCAUCCUUUGAGGUAUAAUACCAUAAUGACUCCACAUACUUUAAUUAAAAUGAUUUUUGUAAUGUGGUUCAUAAAUUUAUCAAUUAUGUCUGUAUUGUUCAUGCUGCAUGCACGGUUUAAAAUUUGUAGGACAAAUAUAGUGGAUUUGUAUUGUAACAAUCCAUCAUUACUAAAACUGGCCUGUGAGGAUAUCAGUGUGAACAAUUACUAUGGAUUCGCUACUAUAGUCUUUGUCCUAGGUGUCCCACUGUUAAUAAUAAUGUACACAUAUGCACAGAUUUUGCGUACAUGUGUUAUGACUAAUCAGCCUGAUGCUCGCAGAAAAGCCAUUCAGACAUGUGGCAGUCAUUUAGUUGUUUUCUUAAUGUUAGAAAUCAAUACUGUGUUUACACUUAUUGCUCACCGAAUUGAGAGUGCGUCCCCAAACAGUAGACGGCUUCUUGGUGCGUCAGUUUUAAUAUUUCCCCCUUUUUUGGACCCGAUUAUAUAUGGACUGAAAAUCGCAGAACUGAAGCAAAGCAUAACACUGCUCUUAAGAAGAAAUCUUUGUUCAAUCAAGUUGUAA